UGUCAUUAUGAGUAUGAGUGAUGAAUAUCAACAAGUUGUUUUGUUAUGUUAUUGUUGAAGUGUAAGUGUGAAAAGGGUUUAUUAGGGACCAUGGAAUCUUUCAAGGUAGAUUAAUUGUCUAAGAUCUUAUCUCUUUCCGUUCCCUCUGCAGAAAAGCCUCUGCCACAGUUCAUGCCUGGUGGCUUCGUUGGCAUACUGGGAGUGGUGGUUGUGGCAGGACUCAUCAUCGGGGUGAUUGUAACUAUCUGCAUGGUCUAUCGACGGGGCCAGAAACCACGGACUGAGACAGAUAAUGACCUCAUUGCUGUGGCUGAUAGUUGUGUGACACAGGGUCCGGUCACACAGCCACCGGUCACUCAGCCUCCUGAGAAGCCUGAAUCCCCUACCAGGACAGACCUCCCACCUGCUCACAAGCCAGCCCCACCACCUCCAAAAAAGAAGACCAGUGAUCUCAAAGGCUACCUGACAUCUGAAGAUAUUCAGGUGGUUCACUUGGACAAAGAUGAGGAAAUGCAGAAGCUUCCUCUCCAGCCUCCAUACUAUGACAUGGCACCCUCUGAGUCAACCGCCUUCACUGAUAAGGUGAACACUGGGAACCGUUUCGAAGAGCUAUCAACCCCGACUGAAUAUGUGAGCUACCAUCAUGCCUGCAACCAGGAUCACCAUAUUGAGAUACCGGCUUCCUCUUCCUACACUCCUAUCACCCUCCUGCCCCAGAACCCCUAUCCUCCACAGCCUCCUAACCCACCUAUGUACACCUUCUCCCCCAACCCUCCUGCCCCACGCCCCCCAUUUACUUUCCCUAAGGAACAGUCUGUUUGAUAGGCUGAAUGGCGCAUCCAUGUGCUGCCCUGCUCAGGAGAACAUGGCGUGACAGCAUCAACAGAGAACAACAGUAUAAAUAUACUGUUUUCCAUCUACAAAGUACCAUAGAAUUUAUGCCUCUUUUACGCUCAUCCUUUCAUUUGGACCGCAUGAAAGUGUGUGGGCAUUCUCUCCUAGAAUGAUUAAAAGUGUUUGUGCAUUGUGGACCUUAAUCCUUAAAUAUUGUGCACUGCAUGUUACAAAGACUGUCGUUAGGGACCCUCACCAUUCCGUCCCAUUCUGGAAACACAACCGCUACUUUACCUGCCAAGACCACUUCUCCUCCCUUGUAUUCUAGAACACUCAUGAGUCAUUGGUGUCAUCUCCCUGGUCUAUGCACUGUCACUGUAUCCCUGCAUUUAUACUUGUCUUUACUUUGCCUCUGUACAGUACACACUGAUGUGUCAUAUAGUUUUUUUUAUUCUCUCCUAUAGUGGUAGUGAUUCAUUUUUAUUCAUUGUUUCACUUUUGUAUGCUCCUUCACAUUUGUUUUGCACAUUACAUUUGCUUGCAUUUCAGUGUAUAUUAUAUGUGAUUCAGUGUGUACUCGUGAAAGUACAUGACAUUUGCAUUAGUCCCAAUUAGUUUUUUUUAUUAUCAAAAUAAUGACAUGGAUACAUCCCUACAGACAUCAGCCACAGGAUAAUUACAUGGAAAAUGACAGUGCCUGUUUUAACCUAUGGCUUCCUUCAACACAACUUAGCCAUUUAUAUGCAACAGAGACAUUAACAUGGAUCCAGGAUGAUGGAGUUGUUAGCUUACAGGUACAUAAUGAGGGUUUAGACUGUCUUCCAUGCCAGCAAAUAUAACGCAAUGUAUGUCUGUGUUGUGUGCAAAUUGCUUAUUCUGUUUCAGGCAUUAUUGUAUUUGUCUUAGCUGCUAUUCAAGCCAUUAAAAACACAAACAGAUGCAUAAAAAAGACUUGAAACAAAUAAUCAAGAUGCAUAAAACACACAGAAAUCAUGGUCGUUUCACUGCUCCUCAGAAUUAUAUCUCCACUGUAUGUGUACUCUACCGCUCCUUUAAUGUUCUUCAAAGAAGUCCAGCCAACGCUGGGAAUGUUGUGUUCACUAAAUCAUAAGAGAGAAUUAAGGGCUCUAUUUCAGUUUUCUACAAAAAUCAGUGGGCGAAAGCUUCUUGUAAAGGUGAAGGCGGGAAAACAGCAUGCUUUCUGUUUUAAAAUCUUCCACUUUGUUACCAAAGAAAUAGAGCAGUAUAUAUUCACUCUUGGUUUUUCCACUAAGGUUUACAUUCAUAAACUUUUGUAUGUGGAGGCAAAUAAGAAAAUCCAAAAAUGUACCGGAUCAUCCUACUUCAUCCUACAAAAAAAACUAGACACACACACACUGAUAUGAAAAGUCAUUAUUGUUAGGGAGCACAAUAGUUAGAAGAGGCUUAAAGGUGCCUAUGACAGUCUCACAUAAAAGUUAUUAGAAAAUAGGCUGGGGAAAAAAAAUAAUGCCUCUUCAAAUUUGUGUUAGAGUGGUAAAAGUAGAAUUUCCCCAAAACAUUUCAGUGUUAACAUAUAGCUGAAACGAACAUAUACCACAAAUUACAAAUAUGAUGUCCUCUCAGACAAUCUCUACAGCACACAAUAGAUCUCACAUUAUUUGCCAUGUCAAAUGUAUGUUAUAAAGAAAAAAAUGUGUUUGUGAUCAAUGUGAAUAACAAAAUUAAUUGUAGAGAUGUUGAAGGUUGUUAAAAUGUGAGCUUUACCAGUGGUUAUUUGGUUCAGUUAAAUUUGUGAGGCUACAUAUUGUGUGACCCUGUUGUCUUGUAUUGUUUUCUUUCCUUGAAUGUGCUAGUGUUUUCAUUAAGUCCAACAUUUGUUUCUGGUUACAGUCACAGAAGUAUUAAAAGGAUUGAUUGAGUUAUCUUCAAGUUGCACAUACUUAAUAGUUGUUGCUUUAUCUGAUUAUCACAAAUCAGUCAUCACUUACAAAUAGGUCCCUUUGCUACUAUAUAUUUCAAUACAAGGUUUUUUGUUUGUUUUGUUUGUUUUAAAAGCACACACCAUUUUUUUAUUCCUUGAAUUACUUUAGCUGCCAUAGUUUUGUUUACCAUUUUAAUCCUUUUUAUUUUGUACAUACAGAUUGUUGCAUCUCAGCUACAUUUUCUAACACAUAUGAACUAUAUAUCUUUGAUUAUGUUUGUGAAAGAUAAAUAUCGUUGGAGUUUACAGUAUUGUGGGAAAUGAGCUCUUAGUCAUUGUGUGCAUUACCACUGCUAGAGUUCUCAAGUACAUGCAAGACAUUUCAACUUCUGGUCUUUUUUUACAUGGGACUAUGUCUAGUGUAAAUAUUAACAUUAUAUUCCAGAUGUGUUAUAAGAAAUUAAUGCAGUUUAACAUUAAACGUCACACUGUUAAUGAU